ACUACUAGUAAUCUAGCAGUAUCAAUAUUGGUAUUAUUGUAAUAAUAUUAUUGUAUAGACACAAACACAAGAAAGAAAACCAAUUAUUGAAAAAUUAAGUUGAACAAUAAUUAUUUGACCAAAUUACCCCGAGUAAAAGAAAUUAAGGGAGUUCAUGUUCCUUGUGAGUCUGACGGACUGGUCAACCUUGCCGGAGACGAUCCAUACAGGUGAGGACGAAUCCUUUCUUGAUCUCAGCGCUGUCGAGGUAGGUCCCGACGGACUGGUCAACCUUGCCGGAGACGAUCUUUCCGACGCAGGUGGAGCAAGCUCCGGCGCGGCACGUGUAAGGCAGAUCCAGUCCCUGUUCCUCCGCCGCAUCCAGGAUGUACUCGUUCUUCGGGCACUUGAUCAACCUUCCUUCCCCUUCGGAGUCACCAGCGUCACCUUGUAGGUCGCGGCGGCGAUCAGGCGGCUCGGCCUUCCGGCGCCGCCGUACGCGACGGAGGACGGCUUGUUGAUCCCCGGUUGCUCCUUUCCGACGAGAGAGACCGAGCUCCGGCUCAUUUCCGCCGCCGCCGGGAAGGAUGUGCUACUCAGCAUAGUGCCGACGGAGAGAGAAGCUGCCAUUUUUUUCGGUAGGUAGUUGGAGUAUG